AGUCCCUUCUUUCAGUGCAUACAAUUCGUGUUUCCCAUUUUUUUAUUUGACCUUUGGGAACAGGAGACACUUUGAAAUGAUACAAAAAGAGACCAGAGGGGCAAUAGCAGAAUUUGACUCCAGUUUUGAUGGACAUGGUUGAUAAUGCCCUACUAGCAGUACAAGUGGUCAUUACCCCAUUACUAUAGGUCAUAGAACUCCUCAAUGACUUAUAAUAUCCUUAUAUAGGGAGUACAAUAUGCUAUACAGAAGGGGGUUGAACCAUAUCGUUUGAAUAAUCUCCAAACCCUCUUCAUGCCAACAAGAAGGACUUCUUCUAGAAUGGAAAGACUGAACUUGAUUGGCUCAGCCUGAUCAAUUCAUGAAAUUAAAAAAACUGGGCAAUCUUUAGAAAAUCUCUAGUUUUUUCCCCCAAUUGUAAACAUGUGCCAAGUCACCGCUAUCAUUUAGGCUUGUCUCAGAAGCAUGGAUUAAAUUCUCGGUUAUAAUGUCGUGACACCACCUCAUUUGACACAUCCGAUGGACGGGGCUAUUUCCAUCCAAACUUUGCAGAGCAGCCACUCAAGAGGUUAACGGCUUUUACUUGUUCAUCUUUACAACCUAAAGAGUUGCUGCUGGCAGCUGCCUGGAAAUGUGUGUAUAGUACAUCAAUAUUUAAGUAACUGGAUCUCACUACAAGACCAAGUGUGCUGGAAGGAGCUUGAGACGACAUAGGCAGUCUCGGGGCACGCACAAUCCUUUUAGAAUCUUUCCUUCUGUCAGAGAUCUUACAUUUUUUCAUGCAAUGAUGUUCCUCUGACGGCACUGCCCUUAAGUCCCCGCAAUUCAUUCUCUUAAACUGGAUUCCUUUCAUCUCGUCUAUAAAGCGCACUUGAUAUUUGAUGUCCCAUGAAGCUACCAGCCGGGCGAGGAGGAGAAUUCAUCCGUGAAUUUUUCUGAAUCAGAAGCACAAGGGUAUAUCUGAAGACCAUGGUACACAAAAGCAAGCCAUUUUGGAUUGGCAAUUUCAAAGAUCACGCCAUUAACAUAAACGUGGGCGGAAUGAAAAAACGGGUCAGCCCCAUCACCUUGUCUCAGUUUCCAGACACGAGGCUGGGGCGGUUGCUUUCCUGCGAGUCGGAAGAGUCCAUUCUCCAGAUCUGCGACGACUAUGACUUGGUGUCCAAAGAGUUUUAUUUUGACCGGAACCCGGGCCUUUUCCCCUACGUCCUGUACUUCUAUGAGACUGGAAAACUCCACAUGAUGGAUGACCUGUGCGCUUUCUCUUUCUCCCAAGAGAUUGAAUACUGGGGAAUCAGCGAGUUUUUCCUGGAUUCCUGUUGCAGCUACCGUUACCACGAACGCAAAUUGGAAAGCAGGCGACGCAACUGGGACGAGGAUAGUGACGCCAGCAGCAUUGAGACGUCUGUGGAUGAGAUUUCUGACUUUAACCAGGACCUCAUGUAUUUUGCCAACUUAAGGUGUGGGAACUUACGAAAACGCCUGUGGCUCACCAUGGAAAACCCAGGCUACUCAAUCCCUAGCAAAAUAUUUAGUUUUAUCUCUAUUUGUGUCGUUAUCAUCUCUAUAUCUACCAUGUGCAUCAACAGCAUGCCCGAAUACCAGCAAGUGGACGAGGAUAUGGCGCCUGUAGAUGACCCCAUCUUACACAAACUGGAAUACUUCUGCAUCUCCUGGUUUACCUUUGAGGUGUCCUCACGGCUGAUUCUGACACCCAACCUGAAGAAGUUCUUCAGGCAUCCAUUAAACCUCAUUGACAUUGUCUCGGUGUUGCCGUUUUAUCUAACCCUUUUAAUAGACGUGACCGUUGGCAGCGAUUACGAGCUGGGGGAUGUGGGGAAAGUUGUCCAAGUGUUUCGUUUGAUGAGGAUCUUCCGAGUUCUGAAGCUGGCCCGACACUCCACUGGAUUGCGUUCACUUGGAGCUACUCUUAAGCACAGUUACAGAGAAGUUGGAAUACUCCUUCUUUACCUGGCUGUUGGGGUCUCUGUGUUUUCCGGAAUGGCAUAUACUGCAGAAAUGGAUGAAGACACUGGUUUUGACACCAUCCCUUCAUGCUGGUGGUGGGGCACUGUGAGCAUGACCACGGUGGGCUAUGGCGAUGUUGUGCCGGGGACUGUUGCGGGAAAGCUGGCGGCUUCUGGUUGCAUCUUAGGUGGGAUAUUAGUGGUGGCACUGCCUAUAACGAUCAUAUUCAACAAGUUCUCACACUUCUACCGCAGACAAAAAGCUCUUGAGAAUGCGGUGAGGAACAGUGAUAGAAUACCCAGAAAAGACAGCAACGUCACUGAAGACAAAAACUCAGAGCAGUCUGAAGAGCUUUGAGGAUUCGGAGACUAGUUGUGUCCUUUCUAUGCAUAUAUAACAUAAAUCAAAUACGCCUGCAGUAAUAAGAUAAAAUAAUUGACUAUAUAAAAAAAUGCAACAAUACUGAACUAGAACAAUCUUAUUUUACAACACAAAGAAAAGUCUUUUGGACUCCACAUUGCAGUAUUGAACCAAAAACCAUUUCAGGAAAAUGGUGCUUUAGAAGAAAAGGUAUGGAGAACAUGGGGUCCACUAGAACCUAAGACUGCAAAUGGACCAAAGAAAGGAGGCUGGCCUCAUAGUUUCAGAAAAUCACUAUAGAAAAAUUCUAAUAUCCUGAUAAUAUUUCCAGAGCCAGAGAUAAUGAUCUUGGCGAGGAAUAAUUAUUAUUGUCCUACCCUACCAAUAAAACAUUUCUACUCUACUUCAACUCUGCUGUAGGCUAAGCCAUGCGCACUCGAUUUUGAGAGCAUGCAGAUUUUUUUGGCACCCAAAUCAAAUUAAUUCUGAAAGGCCAUGAUCUCGGAAAUUUUAGUUACUGGACAAAAUAAGUCAAUUUGCAUGUGAUAAUGAAAAGCAAAUCGAAUACUACUUUUAUAAUGAAGUUUAAUGGACAAUAAUGGUGGACUGAAUGCUCAACACAAACAGCUUGUUCCUCAUCUUGCUCGACAGUGGCACCCUCACCGACCCUUACCAGUCACUACCUUAUGCCAAAGAAUAGACACAGGUGUCACCCAAAGAAGAAGUGGAUUCAUAGUGUCCACUGCAUGGGAUGAUGAUGGAAUGUAUUGUAUACUAAAUGAAUGCUAUUAUGGAUGCAUAAUGUCACAUAUUGCCUGAAUAAACUUGACCAAACUCCAAAGGUGUUUAGAGUUUGAGAAAUGAUAUCUUAUGUAGUGGUUGCUAUGAGAGUCGUAGAGGAGUCGGCCAGGAACAUACAGAGACACAAGAGAAGAGAUGUAAUGAGGUGCAGAGGAAUGAAGGGUUUUAAUAGUCAUGAGAAGGAGCUUUUGGUGUCCACAACAACAUUUGUAGCCUCUCCUUUCAAAUACUGAACAUAUUAUACUACAAGCCCAACCUACUGAUAUCCAAAAUUCCAUAUCUAAUAUUAUUACCUGCUUUGUCCAAAUGUUCCACCUCUAAUGUUUUUCUAAGAUGGGUGUCAGCUUGUUAAUGAUUUGUCUUCUUAUUUGAUCAUCUGAACCCCUGCCAGAUAUUUCCUGGGCACCGGUGAGAGGCUUCCUGUCUACAAGCAUUUUCCAUUUCUAUACCCCCCCCCCCAAGGUCAAAUGAACAGUGUUCCACAGUAGUCGGUGCAGCUUAAAAUAAAUGUGUAUAAAGGCACCGGGCUUUUUAUUCUUUGGAACAAUACACCGGUGGAACAGACAAGGGCAAGUGGCCUUAUUAAGAAGGGUUAAAUUUACGUAACUGAUAUUCGUAACAUGUGAUUGGGGAAGUGUAUUGUUAUUUUAGACUCAAAAAUAUUCAUAAAAACAUGUUACAUCAGUACAACCAUUGAUUGGCAAUUAUAUGGCCUCCAAGUCUCCCCCAUUUCCAAUAACCAAAUACCAACCGAUUAACGAGUAACAUUCAGGAGGACAUAUUUAUUACUAACUGAGCAAGGGGGG